AUGGCGACCAACUCUUGUAAUCCAAAUGUUGUCGACGAGGAUUAUAUUUCAAUGUCUCUUCAUGAAAUGUUUCACAUUGUUGGCGAUCAAAUGACCGAGAGGGAUAUCAAACUUCUGAAAUUCUUCUGUGUAGGCUUGAUGUCGCAGGAAAUGACGUCCAAAGUCCAUGAUGGAUUCAGUUUUUUGUCGUGCAUGGAGAAAAUGAAUUUGGUUUCGGAAUCAAACUUCAUGAACGUGUUGGACCUGUUGCGAAUAAUUAAUAGACACGACCUGUCUCAAUUCGUACAUCUUAGGGCCAGAAAAACAGUGAUAUUGGAUCCUGUAUGUGAAUAUUUGGAGACGACUUUCGGUCAGUCAGAAAGGAUGAUAGACAAGGUGUCUUCUGAAUCAGUUCCUGACAAUGCUGUAAUAGAUAGUCACAAGUCAUCGGCCUGUCUGCCUUCAACAAGUAAAGACAGUGAACCUACAGAGGCAAUGAGACAACACUCAGAUUACAAUACUACAAAGCCCUGCAGUAUCUCACAAGCCAAGUCAGACUUUCAAAAUGGUGCUCACUGUAACUCAUCUGAUUUUUCAAAUAAUUCAAAACUUUUACCUCAGGACUCAAAAUAUGACAGUAACAGAUGUUGCGAGUCAGUUUCUUCACCGUCCACUUCAGUGUUACAUUCAACUCGGACAGCAGUGUGCUCUUCACCAGAUUCUUUGUUACCCAUGGAGAUGUGUGUACACAAACCUGCAGGUGCCUCAAUGUCUAUUACAUCAAAGAGCUUAAAAUCGGGUGAUCUGACUGACAACACAGGAGAGGUGUGUGUUCCCACGAGCAUAUCUGCUGGCAAUAGUACUUCCAUGUCAAUUCCAUUAAAGAGGUUAAGAUCAGAUGAUCUGGUGGAGAAUGCAGAAAGUUCCUCCUCGCUGUCCUACAAACGAAGAAAAAAAGAAGGCGUAGAGAGUGCAGGAAUAGGUAACCUAGAGGCAAGAUGUGAUACUGCUGCAGUGGAGGUGAUUUCUCACUGUGACCACAAUACCAACCAACAGGACAAUGAGGAUUGUUGUAAUCACAGUUCAUCAGUCAGGAGGAUUACAAGUCCCGGUGACCACAGUACAAACCGGUCGGAUAGGAAAGAUCCUCAGAGUGCAUCUGGUGAUGAAUGGAAUAAAACAGAUAAAACAUUGGUUUCAGCAAAUGAUAUCAAAUCAUCUGAAAACCUUGGAAAAGAUGUAGAUUCCUCUGGUAAAAACAAAUCCAUGGAUGUAGAAUCUGGUCUUAUGGAUAAAGAAUCUGGUAGUUUAAAAGAAAGAGAUGACGAUAAUUCUGCUUGUAAUUAUCACCAUAGCAACACCAUUGAAACUAGUAAUAAUCACCCUAGCAACACCAUUGACACUAGUAAUAAUCACCCUAGCAACGCCAUUGGCACUAGUGAUAAUCACCCUAGCAAGGCCAUUGACAAUAGUAAUAAUCACCCUAGCAACACCAUUGACACUAGUAAUAAUCACCCUAGCAACGCCAUUGGCACUAGUGAUAAUCAUCCUAGCAAGGCCAUUGACACUAGUAAUAAUCGCCCCAGCAACGCCAUUGACACUAGUGAUAAUCAUCCUAGCAAUGUCAUUGACACUAGUAAUAAUCACCCUAGCAAGUACAUUGACACUAGUAAUAAUCACCCUAGCAAUGCCAUUGACACUAGUAAUAAUCAUCCUAGCAACAUCAUUGACACUAGUAACAAUCGCCCCAGCAACGCCAUUGACACAAAUGAUGAUCAGCACGGCAUUGCUAUCUGUGCAGAGAUGAAUGCAGAAGUGAAUUCCAUCAAUGAACAAAGCAAUGCCAGGGGAGGUAAUCAGGAUAGCAAUGUCGUCGACAAAAAGAGCGGUGAUUCAGGAACCAAUACAGAAAAGAAGGAGAAAUUGACUUGUGAUAUUCGCUUGCGUGUGCGUGCAGAAGUUGCCUUACAAGAAGGUACACUGGAGGGAAACAUCUUCUCUAAUAAACCGACUGUAGUUGAACGUCAGUGUGAAAAGUUCAUGCAAGCAAACACUGUCCUGAAGUCACAUGACCUUGGUUCAAUCGUGUGUGACAUCAAGUUCUCUGAUCUUACUUACUUGGAUGCAUUUUGGCGAGACUACAUCAAUGGAUCCUUGUUGGAGGCCCUGAAGGGGGUAUUUCUUACAGAAUCUCUGAAGCAGGCUGUUGGACAUGAAGCUAUAAAACUCCUGGUCAACGUCGAUGAAGAUGACUACGAAGCUGGCCGAGUCAAACUACUCCAAAAUCUCAAAAACUGAAGUUUUACAUCUCAGAUGGGUGACCACUUGGUGUUAAGGAUAGUAAAUCUCAAGCAGAGUGGGUUCCACUUGGUGUUAAGGAUAUGAAAUCUCAAGCGGUGUGGGUUCUACUUGGUGUUACGAAUAUCAAAUCUCAGGCAGUGGGGAUUACCAAUUGGUGUUUCAGAUAUGAAAUCUCAGGUAGUGUAGAUUACCACUUGGUGUUACGGACAUGAGAUUUGGGGCGAUGUGGAUUGAAACUUGGAGUUAAGGACAUGAAAUCUGGGGGUGUCUGGGUUACCACUUGGUGUUACCGACAUGAAAUCUGGGGGUGUCUAGGUUAACACUUUGUGUUACGGGCAUGUAAUCUAGAGGUGUCUAGGUUAACACUUGGUGUUACGGACAUGGAAUCUGUGGGUGUCUGGGUUACCACUGUUUGUUCAACAGAUACGAAAUGUUACCUCAUGAUGUCGUUGACAGAAAUGCAAUAAAGUGUU